AUGUUAGGCGAAAGCAACGCAUCCUCGCUGUAUGCAUUCGCAUCUAUGUUGGAUACAUCCGACGACAGCCCGGCGACAGUCGGCGACAAUUUGUCGCCAUCGUUCGCUGCUUCCAACAAUUCACUACAACCGUUUAUGGAAUCAGUAACAUUGGCUGCCGUAUUACUAUUGCUGAUACUCGCUUGUGUUAUCGGUAACCUGUUGGUCAUCGUUGCUAUAGCCUGUGAACGCGAUUUACGCGGUCGACCACAGUACUAUCUGAUAUUCUCGCUUGCUGUCGCCGAUCUUAUCGUGAGUUUAUACUUUUUCUGA